AUGCGUUCUUACCUCGUCAUCGCAGCUCUCGCCAUCAUCUCCCCCUUCGUGGCCGCCGCUCCAAUCGAGGUCGUCGCUGGCGUCGGCCUCGACCUUUCGGCCAACACCAUCCCUCUUGUUCCCCGCAACAUCGCCUCGCCGCCUCCCGCCAAGGCUUGGACUCGCCGCCUCUACGGUCUCCUCAACCUCAGCAAUCUCGACUGGGAUGGCCUUACUGCCGAGCUGAACCGCAUCCUUACCGAAACCACCGACCUCACCACUGACCAGGCCGCCACCGUCCUCAACGCUCUGGUGGCCAUCCUCAAGGGCGAGAACCUCAACGAGGCCACCGCGAAGCUUCUCUCUAUCCCCGGCCAUGUACUUGCUCGCCUUCCCAAUCUUCUUGGCCCUGCGCUCAAGUCUGCCACGAUGGGUCUUCCAGGUGUCAACAACCUCAUUUUGAUCGCUCUCGAUAUAAUUGCCCAGCUUGGCCGCGACACCAAUCUCGCGAAACGCCAGCUGCUCAACGUUGGCUUGAACGAGCUCCUCCCUAUCACGGGCCUCGCGCUUCCCAGCCAGGUCCUCGAGCUGGUUCUUCGCAUCGUCGGCUCGCUUCUCGCUGGGCGUACUGUCGACCCCGAGGAUGCUCAGGCCUUCAACGACCUCGACUCGUCUGUGCUGGACAAGAUUCUUGACGCUCUUCCCUCCACGCUCAGCAACGCCCUCGGAACGAGCGUUCUGGGCGGCUCUUACGGCCCCAUUCACGGCUGA